AGUUAUAAAAAAAAUUUCGUAUCGCUAAUAAAAAUAAUAAUGAAAAUAAAACAUGAGGAUAAUAUUAAUGAUUUUAGAUUAUCCUCACCUGAUAUGCAUACCUCAUAUUCUAUGAUAGAAUUUUUAUCUGGGGCAGCUGCAUCAUUUACAAAUGUAAUUAUAACUUAUCCAAUAUCAAAAAUAGUAUUUAGACAAAUGUUACAUGGAAUUCAUGUGUCUCCUGCAAUUAAACAGAUUAAAUAUGAGGGCCUCUCAUCUCUUUAUCGUGGAAUUUUACCCCCUAUAAUUCAAAAAACUGCCUCAAUUUCUUUAAUGUUUGGGGCCUAUGAUGCUUUUUUAAAACUAUUUUUACCCUCUUCAUCAUUAAAUUAUCAUUUGUCACAUAAAAAUCCUACAUAUAUAAAAAAUGAUUCAUCUAUCAGUUUGCAAAAACAUUUAGAUGAAAAAAUUAAUCAGAAACCUCAAGGUAUCAAUAGCUUAAAUUCAUUUAACAUCAUGAACUGUAAUUAUAAAAACAAAAAAGACAUAAAAUGGUAUAAUCUAAUUUCCAAUCCAUUUCCCAGUGAUCAAAUAGAUUUAAGGAUAAUAUACCCUUCAAUUCAAGAACUAAACCAUGAUGAAAAUUCCUUUAUAAAAAAUAAAUUUACGAAUAACCAACUUAUUCCAGUUAAUGAUACACAAUCCAUUGAUAAUUCCAUAGACAAUUAUAAGGAUAACAAACUAUUAAUUUUAGUAGCAUCAACUGCUGCAGGUGCAUUGGAAGCUUUUGCAUUUACUCCUUUAGAGAGAGUUCAAACAUUGUUACAACACAGUACUUUGCAAAUUGAAUUUUGUAAUACUCCUUCAGCAUUUUAUAAAUUAUGGACUCGUUAUGGCAUGGCAGAAUUAUAUCGUGGUUUUUCUCCUAUUCUAUGGAGAAAUGGACCAUCCACUGCUGCUUUUUUUGAAUUUCGUUUGCCUCUGAGGGAUUUUAUAUCAAAAACUGUAGAAUCUUUUAAAUUUAGUAAAAUUAAGGCCAAUGAAGUCACAAAUUUAUCAAUAAAUAAAUUACAAAAAAUUGAUAAUGCUCAUCACUAUGUUGAAGCUUUUAGUAAUUUUCUUAGUGGUGCAUUAUUGGGGGGCACAAUUAGCACCAUUUUUUAUCCUUUAAAUGUAGUUCGAACUCGAAUGCAGUCCAUUGUUGGGGAAAAGUAUUUAAACAUGUAUCACACCUUUGCCAUUAUUUACAAGGAGAGAAACUCUAAAAUUUCUUCUUUCUUCUAUGGAGCAAGAUUUAAUUUCAGUAGAUCUCUCAUUUCAUGGGGAAUCAUAAACUUUAGUUAUGAGAUCUACAAAAAGCUAUUGAGGAAACACAUUUAA